CAAACACCGUUAGGACCUAGGACUGACUGUGCGGCGAGAAGCCUAAUUCACCGAGGUAAGUUAAAAAUGGCGGCGCCGUUGCUGUCCAAGAAGAUCGUAAAAAAGCGGGUGAAGAAAUUCAAGAGGCCCCAGAGCGACCGGAAGAUCUCUGUCAAGGAAAACUGGCGGAGGCCAAAGGGUAUUGAUUCUCGUGUCCGUAGAAAGUUUAAGGGAUGCACAUUGAUGCCCAAUAUUGGAUAUGGUUCAGACAAGAAGACCCGCCAUUAUCUUCCAAAUGGGUUCAAGAAAUUUGUUGUGCACAAUUCCAAAGAGCUUGAAUUAUUGAUGAUGCACAACAGAACCUAUUGUGCUGAGAUUGCACAUGAUGUAUCAACUAGGAAGAGAAAAGAGAUCGUUGAGCGAGCUGCACAGCUUGACAUUGUUGUAACAAACAAACUUGCCAGGUUACGUAGCCAGGAGGAUGAAUGAGCUUGAGUACGAAUAUUUACUCUUUUUUUAGGAAUGAAAUCUGUGACCUAUAAUUUUUUGUUUUGGAUGAUUUUGUUUUCUAGAGAUUGUAUUUGGAAGAGUUUUUAUCAAUCAGGUUUGUAAGAAUUUGCCGAUUAUAAAUUGGUUUAGCUGCUCAAUCCAUAGAAACCGCUUGUAUUUGGUUUAACAA